AUGCAGUACAUCAAGUCGGCCACAUCGGCGCGAGACCAUGGUUACUCGGAUGUUGCAGCAUCAGCCAGUGACGCGGAAAACGGAAAGAAAGGGAUGACGAUGCAGCAGGACCGCCGACGUCCAUGGUUCACCUUGAGCUUUGUGAUAACGACCGGCCUCAUCACUGCCCUGCUGCUUCUACUCGUCGUGCUGCAGACGGACCACACCUCGAAAGAGGUCGUAUCUUGGCCCGAGUUCCAAGGCGGCUCCCGUGUCGUCGCAGACUGCGGAUACUCCCCGGAGGAAGCAAAGGCCAAGGGUUGUGUCUGGGAUCUCAUGAGCUUCGGCUGGACGCAUCCAGCUUGCUACAACAAAGCCGAGUCUGAGAAGUGGCUCAAGGAUUUUGGCCCGUGGAAGUGGUACCUGGAUCUCAACGCGACCCAGGAAGUGGCGGAAAAAGACCUCCCGUACACGGAGCUGGUGUACGCCGAGCAAGGCUAUCAUGUGCAGCACUGUCUGUACGUGCUGAAGCUCCUUCAUCUGGCAGCAAUGACGGGCCACCCUGUCACCGAUGAGGCUAUUCCUCUGGCACAUACCGGGCACUGCACGAAGAUGAUCUCCGACCCGGCCUAUCUGGACUUCAAACAUAUAAACACAAAGGUGGACUUGCUGUUGGCCAGAUGUGUUACUUUGGACUAA